AUGGCAAAUCCCGAGGUUGUAAUCAGUAGCUGCAGCUCUCAAGAAGAGGAAAAUCGCUGCACUUUUAACCAGCAUACAUCGCCCUCUGAGGAGCUUCUGUUAGAAGACCAGAUGAGGCGAAAACUCAAAUUUUUUUUCAUGAAUCCUUGUGAGAAGUUCUGGGCUCGUGGUAGAAAACCAUGGAAGCUUGGUAUACAAAUUCUAAAAAUUGCGAUGGUGACUAUACAGCUGGUCUUUUUUGGGCUGAGUAACCAGAUGGUUGUAGCUUUCAAGGAAGAGAACACUAUAGCAUUCAAACACCUCUUCUUAAAAGGAUAUGUGGACCGAAUGGAUGACACUUACGCAGUCUACACUCAAAGUGAUGUGUAUGAUCAGAUCAUCUUUGCAGUCAACCAGUACUUGCAGCUGCGCAGUAUCUCGGUGGGGAAUCAUGCAUAUGAGAACAAGGGUACCGAGCAGUCUGCUAUGGCGAUCUGUCAGCACUUCUACAAGCAAGGGAACAUCUGUCCUGGAAAUGAUACCUUUGACAUUGAUCCAGAAAUGGAGACUGAAUGUUUCUUUGUAGAGCCCGAUGAACCUUUUCACAUUGGAACACUGGAAGAAAAUAAACUCAACUUAACACUGGACUUUCACAGACUCCUAACAGUGGAGCUGCAGUUUAAACUGAAGGCCAUUAAUCUGCAGACCAUUCGUCAUCACGAGCUCCCUGACUGUUACGACUUUACUCUGACUAUAACAUUUGACAAUAAGGCCCACAGUGGAAGGAUUAAGAUAAGCUUAGAUAACGACAUUUCCAUCAGAGAAUGUAAAGACUGGCACGUAUCAGGAUCAAUUCAGAAGAACACUCACUACAUGAUGAUCUUUGAUGCCUUUGUUAUUCUGAUAUGCUUGGCUUCGUUAAUCCUGUGCCUUCGAUCUGUGAUUACAGGACUUCAGCUUCAGCAGGAAUUUGUCAAUUUUUUCCUCCUCCAUUACAAGAAGGAAGUUUCUGUUUCUGAUCAAAUGGAAUUCGUCAAUGGAUGGUACAUCAUGAUUAUUAUUAGUGACAUAUUGACAAUUAUUGGAUCAAUUCUGAAAAUGGAAAUCCAAGCUAAGAGUCUAACAAGUUAUGAUGUCUGUAGCAUACUUCUUGGGACUUCCACCAUGCUCGUGUGGCUCGGAGUCGUUCGAUACCUCGGUUUCUUUCAGAAGUACAACCUCCUUAUUCUGACCCUUCAGGCAGCGCUGCCCAAUGUCAUCAGGUUCUGUUGCUGUGCCGCAAUGAUUUAUUUAGGCUAUUGCUUCUGUGGAUGGAUUGUGCUGGGGCCUUACCAUGAUAAGUUCCGUUCUCUGAACAUGGUCUCCGAGUGCCUUUUCUCUCUGAUAAAUGGAGAUGAUAUGUUUGCCACAUUUGCAAAAAUGCAACAAAAAAGUUAUUUGGUCUGGUUGUUUAGCAGAAUUUACCUCUACUCAUUCAUCAGUCUCUUUAUAUAUAUGAUUUUAAGUCUUUUCAUUGCACUGAUCACUGAUACAUAUGAAACAAUUAAGCAUUACCAACAAGAUGGCUUCCCAGAGACUGAACUUCGUACAUUUAUAGCAGAAUGCAAAGAUCUACCCAAUUCUGGAAAAUACAGAUUAGAAGACGACCCUCCAGGUUCUAUAUUCUGCUGUUGUAAAAAGUAGCUAUCAGGCUAAUCUGUGCUCUAGAGGGAUAUAUAAUAUAUAGCUGAGUUGGGAAACUGUAUGGAUAUUUUAAGAUCAGGUACAGUAUAUUUGAAGACUAUUACUUUGAGCAAACCAAUAGCUAUAAUUUAUCAAGAACUAUUUAUAUUUUUAAAAGCAAUAUUUAAUGUCUUUUGCAGCUUUAUAUUGGGUUUAUUUUUUUAAAUUAACUUGGAUGAGAGAAGCCACUGGGUUCUUGUUAUUUCUUGUUUAUUUUGCCAUAAGCUUUAGAAUAUGUUCUCUAUCCCCCUCUUCAGCUCUUACACUCUUGCUUCCAGCUAUUUUUACUGGAUUGAUUGUGUCAUCAGUGGAGAACAAUGCCUAGUCUGACUUCAUAAAACUCACUAACUCUGGUCUUGACCACUCUCUGGGGUUCAUCCCUGAGACAGAGGGGAAGUGGU